GCGAAGGCGGCCUAACCGGCCUAACCGGCGGCGGGAGAGGGAAAACCUCUGACCUCCGACCCUUCCGCCGCGCCGCCCCGGUGACCUUUGACCCUGGCGGAGGGCAUGGCCCAGCCCCCCCCGCCGCCGCCGCCCCCCCCGCCGCCCCCCCCGGCCCCCCCUCCCCCCGGCCGGGUCCUACGGGAUGCGUUAGAGCGGGCGGGGGCGGCGCUGGGCGGGGGCGGCGGCGUCCGGGAGCUGCUGCGGCGGCGGCGGGAGAGCUUCAGCGGCCCCCUAAAAUGGCUCCUCUUCCACCGCCCGGCACCCCCGCUCAUCCAGGAUGGACCCCAGUGCGGGCUGGUGGCCCUAUGGAUGGCGGCAUCGCUGCUGGCCCCGACCCACGGCGUGGGGCUGGGGGAGCUGGUGGAGGCGGCGCGGGCUCGGGGCUUCACCGCCCGCGGCGAGAUGUUCUCAGCAGCUGACAUGGCGAUGCUGGCCCAGGAGCUCUUCCCGUGUCGCGCCGAGCUGCUUUCGGGGGGUUUGGAGGGACCCAACCGCCCCCGCGUCCUGCGGCACCUUGUUUCGGGGCUCCCCCUCCUCGUCCCCUACGACGAGGACAGCAACCACGAGCCGUGCCGCCGCCGCGGCCACAAAGCACACUGGGCCGUGCUGACAGGUGUCAUGCUGGGUAUCCGGAGCGCGACGUUGAGCCCGACGUAUCGGCAGGACCCCGAAAUCCCCAACCUUUUCCACCCGCCUCCAUUUUGGGGGGAACGUGAUGUUUUGGAGGGGGUGGAAUUACUAUUUGAGGGGGGGGAUUUAUUUGGGGAGGGGGUUGAGGGGGUGCUGGUGCUGGCACAGCAGGGGAAGAGCCCCCGCUGCCAGCUUUGGGGGUUCGAGGGGCUCCACGACAGCAACGCCCAGCUCGGGGAGCUGAGCCCCCGGCGGGGGGCGGACGGCCAUCACUACGUGGUGCCGCCGGGGGGGCUGGGGGCCGGCCUGCGGGGGAGGGCCGUGCUGCUGCACCCCCCCAAUAAACACCUUUAAUUUUG